AUGUGGGUUGUACAGCUGUGGAAGGAAGGCCUGGCCAAGACCAACCCCAAAGCGGCAGACUCGCUAGCGGACCCCACUCAGUAUGAGAACCUGUUCCCGGGCCUGCGGGAGGCGUUCGACACCGAGGUGUACGUCAAGGCACAAAGACAGGAGCUCAAACCAGCCGCAGCUUACCCCACCAUUCCUAUGAACUUUGAAAGAAAUCUAACAGAAGAAGUCCAGCAGGCCAAGGAGUCGGGAACAUUUGGACAGACACUGGUUGAAGAUGACGCGGGCUCGGCAGAAAUUGAACAGACCACACAAAAAGAACCCGAGCCAGAAAUUCCACAGCAGCAAACUGAGGUCACCGCCCCCGAGGUCAGUGCCCCUGAAGUCGUUACUCCCAAGGUCGUUGACCCCAAACCCGCGCCCCCGGUCCCACAGGUAGAAGAAGACUUGCCUUGGGAUGAUGAUGAUGAUGAUGAUGGUUUCGUCAUGGAGCCCGCCAGUGGAGAUGCAUUUCCUGCAGCAGCAGCGCCCCCUACACAGCAGGAAGCAAAGGGGCCGGCCCCCACUAACUCUAGCAGGAAAGACUCACUGGACCUUGACCUUGACCUGGAUAACCUUGAGCUGGAUGAGAACAUUGACACCAGCGACAUCAACCUGGACGACGACUUGUUAAAGGACGAUUAACUUCAAUAACCCCCAUAUUGUACAGUGGUAUCAUCCAAAUAUAUUCUAGCAGCAGGUAGUCAUGGAGUAGUCCAUUCAGAUGCAGGGCGGUGAAGGGUAGAAAACUGAAAAUAGAUCAGUUAAUGUAGAUUGCCUUGGAAGGGUAGCAAAAAAUUAUGUCAGUGCUAGAAAAAUGUACACGAAAGUUCCAAUGUACUAUUAAUGUCAAAGGAUCAUCUCAAUAUCUCACAAAUGUUGUUUUGGCAAUGUGCUGCAAUCCGUGCAGUGAAUAUACAGUAAGUGCUGACAUACAAUAAACAUGGAUAAAUAGACUAAGUCUACAAUAAUGUAUUGAAUCCCAAUUACAUGUAUACGUCAAAGGCAUUAUGGCUUGAUAGGCCAAAUGCCUAGCAUUUUUAGUUCAGUCACAUCUAUGUUUCCAUACAGUUUCUGUAUAUGGCAAGGCCUUUUGUAUCGUUAUAUGAUGUCAAUGGAACCUAUAUUGAGAAGUCUUGCAGAGAUCUUCACAUAAACUUGUGAGAAUAAAACAGUAUGGACAACUA